AUGAAAUUAUAUCUUCUAUUACUGAAUUGUUUAAUUUUUGGUAAUUUAAGAGGUGCCCAAAGCAGGAAUAUCCCGUAUAAAGAAGACGCAGGAGGCGUUUCCGAAGAAGCGAUAAGGAAACUAAAAGAAAUUAAAAAACUCGAGUUGGAUAUCUUGAAGGACUUCAUGAAACAGGACACGACGCAUUCGGAUAUGUACAAGAGAUACCACUGCAUCGCCAGUGACUAUAUUUCUGAUAAUCUGAAAGGAAGUAAUCCGAAGGAGACGAUUCCAAAUAAUCUUUCAGAAGAAAACAAAAGGGAGGGACCAAAAUUGGCAAAAGGAGGGGAAAAGUCAGGGAAAAGUUUCAUAGAAAAAAUUGUAUCCUUUGUAUCAAUUUUUAGAUACGAUAACGUAAGUAAUAUUUAUUCUGAGUAUGUCCAGAAAAGUUUUCCGAAAGAAAGGGAGAGCGCUGAUAAUGGAAAUGGUGGAGAUGCCAUAUAUAAGGAAGAAAAAACUGAUAUAGGAAAAAAACAAAACUCAAGCUCCUACGUACAAUUAUCAGGAUUAAGUUUAAUGAAAAAAAAUAUGUUUUUGGGUGGCAAGGACAAUUCUAGUGAACAUUUCGAGGUGGGAAAUUUAGGUUCCUUUUACAUGAUUUUUGGGGCUCGUAAUACUGAUUAUCCUUGGGCAUGCUCGUGCGAUCCUCUUCAAUUAAUAGAUUACAAAGAGAAAAAGAGGAACUACGUUUUGUGCAGCAACCAAGUGGACAUGUCUAUACAGAACGCCGACUUGUUUUGUAACCCUAAGAAUUCCUCUGGCUACUUUUACUUGUCCUACAUUUUCAUGUUUCUCAUUGUGAUCGUGUGCUUUUAA